CCAAUCAAUUGAGUUAAUCCUUUGAUUUUACUGUUUUAAUUGACAUUUGUAAAUUUCAACAUUAAGGUGAUUUUAAUUGUCUUUUAGGUCUUUUUUUUGUCAACAAUUAAGUCAGAACUUGAAAUUUAUUUCCUCUGUUUAUGUGAUAUAAAUAAACUACGAAAAGUGUAAUAAUAACACAAGAAUAUGAUGUAACCACCUCAUAGGGAAUUACAUCAUGUUUUCAGUUCUGUGAUUUGCUCAGUAAAUAUGAACUUUUUGAAUAACUGAAAUUCACAUUGUAUCAGUUAACUGUUGACGUUGAGAAACAAAAUUAAUUCUAAUUGUGCCAAUUAACAAUCAAUUUUAAUUCACUUCUUUCAAGAAGAUCAUCUUGUCUUAUGUGUUGUGACAAAACAACAACUUCCAUUAAUUUGUUUACAUUUUAAUUCCUUCGAAACAAUUUAGAUGAAUUUCUGACAACAAUUAAGUUCCCAGCGUUUACAAUCUCCUCCUCAUCAUUAUCAUUAUGUUUACCUUUUUGAGACUAAUUAACAAAGAUUAACAAUCAACUAAUGGCUAAAUUAAAGUCCCAAUUGAUGUUCGGGGCUUUGGUCCCUGUGUUCAAAAAUUGGCAUUCUAAUCAAAUGUUUCGUGAAUUUUUAGCUGAAUUAACUGGAACAUUUAUUUUAUUGAUCUUUGGAUUUGCUUGUCAUGUUGUUUACAAAGCGAGACACGAAACUAUGGACACAUUUGCUGCCGCUUUUUGCUUCGGAGUCGGAGGUUUGAUCGGCAUUUCUGCCUCUCUCGAUGUCUCAGGUGCUCAUCUUAAUCCUGCAGUUUCAACAGCAAUGGCCUCAAUCGGACGAUUACCCUGGAAAAAGGUUCCUUACUAUUUUGCCGCUCAGUAUAUCGCAGCCUUUUUAGCGGCAUUAGUGACCUGGCUCAUUUACGGUGAUGUCGUUAAUGAAUUUGAUCCUGGUUUCACUCAGAAUGGCUCCUCGGUUUAUACCACUUUCCCUGGUGAAGGAGUUUCCCUCACCGCUGCUUUAACAGAUCAGAUUCUUUGUACUGGAUUACUGACCUUCGCUAUCCUUGCCGCCGAUGGACCUAAAUUAGCUCGAUCAAUUCACCCGCUUUACUUUACUCUAGUUAUCACUGGAAUCGUAAUUGCUUUUAAUUACAAUGCAGGAGCCAUUUUGAAUCCCGCUCGAGAUCUUGGCCCAAGGGUAUUCGCUUCAGUUGCUGGCUAUGGAAUGGAAGUAUUCAAGCCACUUUCAACUAACUAUUGGUGGUUGGUCGCUGUAAUUGGACCUCAUGUAGGAGGAUUGAUUGGUGUUUGGUAUUACAUUUUAUUCAUCGAUCCGAAUGUUGUUUAUGAACCAGAAUCGUUGAACAAUCAAAUUAAUCUAAAUCAGACCAAUAUAACUAAUGUAAUGUUGACAACAUCAGCUAAUCGAUUAACUCUUCCAGAGAAAACUCAUCCCAACAUAGAAUCAUCAUAAUAAUAAUUAAUUUUAAUCAACCAGUUUUACGAUAAAAUCUACAAUUAGUCAGAUAUACAAUUUCUUUUUAUUAAACUUAAUUAUUUCUUUUCA